AUGUCGUCGCUGCUCAAGAGUCCGGCGGCACGGCGCUUGAUCGCGCGCGCAGCACCCCGAGCCCUGACCACAGUGCUGCGAUCCACGGCCCCCACACCACGGCUUCUCCACAGACCACAGGUUCUCGACAUCCGGCGACAAUACACGACUCUACCGGCCACACCACUUACGCGGGCGCAGGCACUGGAGCAGCUACACAGCAGUGACAUCAAGCAAGCGUACAAAUUGGCGCGGCACCUGCGCGACACCAAUCAGCUCGUGGACAUGCGGGGAGAGCCAGUGCGCAAUGUGAUCCAGGACACGCAGCUGGUUCAACUGCUAACCAGGACAAUUGCGCAGCAGGCGCUGUGGGAGGACGUGCUGGAUAGCCUUGAUCUGAUUCUGGCGGUUAGGCCGCAAAAACAGCACACAGACAGACGGCUAUCAGACACCGGAUAUGCGAGCGAGCAGGCAGAUGCGGAGGCCCUGGAGGCGGUUCUGGAGGCAGUGUUGUCGCGGCAGUUUGCGGUUUCGGCGGAUCGCGAGUUGGCGGGGCUGACGGCGCUGCAGGUGUUUGCUGACUGCGGACUAGACCAGGGGUGGUUGAGGCUGCGGAUCCGCGCCUUGGGAUUUGCGUCCAGUGCGCGCGGAUUGCGGGAGGCUGUGGGGAACGCAGGAGAGCUUGGGAAGGAAGACAGAUUUGAGCUGGCGGUGGCGUAUGCGCGGUGCCUGGACUACGACCGGGCGGUGGAGACACUGCGGGGCGUCACGGGUCUGGACAAUGCGCAGCAGAUCGAGGCCCAGGCAGCGCUGAGCCUGUGCCUGGCGGAGACAGCGCGGGUCGACGAGGCUAUGGCAGCGUGGAAGGCCACAGAAAGCAACGAUGCUGUGUGGGCGGAUCAGGCGGGACGCAUGGAGACGGGCUUCCACGUGCAGAUGCAGCUGCUGGCGGCCGGUAUGCGCUCGGUGGUGCCGCGGCUGCCGUUCACGCAAAACCUGCACACACGGGCGUCGCGUGCGCACAGCUCCAAGUAUGCGCCGGGGCUGGCGGAUCACUUGCUGCAGGAGUUCAGCUCUCUGCGGGAGCGCAUGAAGCAGACACUGCACAGCAGGCAGUGGCAGAAUGCGGGGCUGGCGCGCAGGCUGUUUGACGUAGAGUGCCUGGCACAUGUGCUUGCAACGACUGCCGGCCAGCCAGUGGUCGACAGCAUGGGGUCGCUGUCCAAGCGGCUGCACAAGCACCUGGCAGCGGGCCAGACUGUGCGGCCGCUGCGCGGGUUUCUGUGGGCGGUUUUGUUGGCACCGCAGAUGUCGCAGCAGCGCAAGCUGGCGGUGGUACGGGCGGAGAUUGCAUAUGCGAGGAGGCACGGCCACCUGCUGUCGGUGGCCGAGCUGGAGCCGGCGCUGCUGGCGCUGCUGCCCGAGUCAGUGUGGAAGACUGCCAGACGCGGCAAUUUCCGCGACGCAUCGGCGUUUGUGCCUGCAGACGGGUUCCUGCAGCGGCCCUCGCACUACAGCAUGCAUCCGUGCGCCGACGAGCUGCUGGAGUUGGCCAGGCAGAGCACGCGGCAAGCCGAGUCGGACAGUCGGCUGGCGCCUGUGUGUGCGUGGAUUGCGGUGCUGCGCGGGCGGCCGCAGACAGCGAUGGCGGAGCUUGAGGCGGCGGUGGAAGGCUCCGGUGUGUGCAUAAUGCCCGGAUCCCUGGCCCUGGUCAGUGCGCGGUCCCAGACGUUUUUCGAGCACAUGUUUUGCGUCAUGUCGAUGUUCCGGCGUGGCGCCGACACCGCACUGCAGAAGCUCGUGCCUCUGCUGCUGACUCAGCAACCCACGGUCCCGAUAACGCCGCGGGUGGCUGCCAGCAUCCUGUACUGCUGCGUAACGAGCCGCAACCGGGCGCUGGCAUUGGAUAUCGCCAGGCAGCUAGACCAGCAGUCGCCGCGUAUCCAGGAGCUGCUGAUGCGCGUGCAUUUCGCGACCGGCCAGCUGCGCGAGGCUCUGGCGGUGUUCCAGGAGCUCAACUACGGCGGCCGUACACAGCCGAGCGAGGCGUCGUUCGCGCUGAUCGUUCGCUAUAUGGGUGCACAGCGCGCGUCGGCAGUGGGAGCCGAGCACGCGUUCUCCGUGUGUCUGCAGACUCUGCAUUUGCAGGGCCGUGUGUCGUCGGCCGUGUGGGCGCAGUGGCAGCAGGCCAGUAAGGAAGGCGGCCGUGUGCAGAACAUGUUUGAGCCGGAAGGUGAGCCGGUCGGAGCGGCGCUGGAGCGCGUGGGUGUAGAGCGCCGGGACGCCGGGGCGCUGGCGAGCCGCCGGUAUAUGCGCGACUGGGAGUUUGUGCUGGUGCUGGAGCUGGUGGGUGCCUAUGUGAAUGCAGGCGGGUACGCGCGCAGCCUGCAGUGGGAGCAGUGGCUGCUGGAGGCGCUGCGGACGCCCAAGUUCCGUCUGAAGCCGGAUCUGAUUGCCCGCAUCGCCUUUGUGCAGCGGCUGCACCUGAAGCGCCAGAGCUGGGACGGCAUGCAGAUGUGCCUGGACUACAUCGUGGCCAUCGAUCGCAAUCUGCCCACCGGCCUGUUCCGCAAGACCUCCAUGUUCCUGAACCAGCUGCCGGUGCUCAAGCAGCUGGCCAAGCAGAUCGCCAGCGACCCUGCAUUGGAGCUGCGCGUGAAGGAGCACCUGGAGCAGCAGCAGGCCGCAUACAUCGUUACGCACAUCCAAAGGUUCAAGUAG